AAAAUUUCAAUUCAAUUUCUCAUACCCACCAAACAUUUUUUUUUUAACUAUCUCUCUCUCCUCUCUCCUCUCUCCUCUCUCCUCCAUCCACAUAUCGAUAUGUGAAUUCCCUCCAUUUUCCAAAUUGGCGGUUUUCAUUCACUUUCUAUUUGUUAGUUUUCCCGCUCUCUCAUGGCCACAGCGGAGUGGGAAGAAGACGAGUGGGAGCUUAUUAUCAACGCCGAUGGUUUCGUUUACAAGCGUAAGAAGCGCCGUCGCCUCAACCCCACCUCUUCCUCCUCCUCCUCCUCCGCGCCUCCUCCUCCGCCACCAGAUCCGGCGGCGGAAGAGAAGAACCGAAGGGAAAGGAAGAAAAGGGCACUGACGAAACUAAGAGACAAGUACCAGAAAGAGAUUGACCAGUGGGAACAUUUAUCAAACAUGUUGAGGGCAUUGCAAGAGAAAUCCCAAAACCAACAACAAUGCGACGAACAGACGCCGCCGCCGCCGGCCCUGUCGGAGAAGUCGUCGGACACUGGCGGUGAACGACUCCUCGACGACUUGUUACAUCGGAUAAUGGGAAAACGCAGUUCCAGCUAAACCAAGCAGAAACAGAAGAAGCAGUUAUUCAAAGUGUGUCUAACCUUUGUGAUAUGGCCGAAGCCAUUUGCAAUUUGCAAGAGGAGAGCAUGAAGCAAUCAUUACUUGAUCUUCCAGUUUGGGCAUCGCCACAUGAGCUCUUGUCAUCGUUGUGCGAUAAUUAAUGGAACCGGGCAGCUGAGUGCUCAGAGAAGGGAGUUCAAAUCAGGUCUUCUGUAUGUUAACCACUGAAUCAUAGCAACAAUGCAAAGCAUAUUACAGUAAAAACUGCUGUUACCGUAGAUUCUUCUUUCUCAGAGAUGGCUAUUGAAUCAUCCAAAAAAAGUAAUCUGAUUGAGCAAGUUUUGUGUAAUGGAAGUAUCCAUCUUCUGAGUGAAAGAAGAUUUUUUUUCGCUGUAAUUUAUUUUGGCAAGGAAGAUUUUCUUUUGAAGAUA